UCUCUCUCUCUCUCUCUGUCUGUCACUCUUCUCUUGUUCUGCCACACGUUGCUUCUUGUCUCAUCUCGGUUGCGGUGAAUCUUGACCUUUGGCUCUCACCCGGUCUUCGCGGGGUUGUCUCGGGGGACGUUACAAUGGCCGGAUGAUGUGCUGGGACCUCCUGUCCUGUCCACAGCUUCCACAGAAGUCAUGGAGCUAAACAGGCCAACGGUGCGCUGAGGACAGCCGGCUGACUUUGGUGGGCCUGGGCACCCUGAGUCCAAAACCCAGAGGCCGGCACUGUUCAUCUCAAAACAAGUCACCAUGUCAGCAGCAGCCUACACGGCAAACACGGCCGAAAGGUUCAACUUCAGUACACCCAAAGUCAGCACAGGACACCCACCAGCCUCGGUCCUCCCCCCUGAGCCCAUUGAGAUCAUCCGUAUCAAGGCACGUUCCCGGCGCGUGAGGCUCAAUAUCGGAGGUCUCAUGCAUGAAGUAAUGUGGAGAACACUAGACCGGCUACCGAGAACCCGUCUAGGAAGGCUAAGAGACUGCAACACCCACGAGUCCUUGUUAGAGAUCUGUGAUGACUACAGUCUCUCUGAUAAUGAGUACUUCUUUGAUCGCCACCCGGUGGCCUUCUCCUCCAUCCUCAACUUCUACCGAACAGGGAAGCUGCACAUGAUGGAGGAGAUGUGUGCCCUGUCCUUUGGCCAGGAGCUGGACUACUGGGGCAUUGAUGAGAUCUACCUAGAGUCCUGUUGCCAGGCUCGCUAUCACCAGAAGAAGGAGCAAAUGAACGAGGAGCUGAGGAGGGAGGCAGAUACUCUGAGGGAGAAGGAUGGAGAGGAGGAGGACCAAGGCUGCUUUCCUGACAAGAGGCAGAUGCUUUGGGAUCUGCUGGAGAAACCAAGCUCAUCGUUUGCUGCAAAGAUCCUGGCCAUGGUCUCCAUCUUGUUCAUCAUCAUGUCCACCAUCUCAUUGUCACUCAACACACUUCCAGAGCUGCAGGUGGUGGAUGAGUUUGGUCAGUUCAAUGACAAUCCCAGUUUAGCCCAUGUGGAAGCUGUCUGCAUUGCCUGGUUCACGAUGGAGUAUGUUCUGCGCCUGUUGUCAGCACCCAGCAAGUGGAGUUUCAUCAAAGCUCCACUUAACAUCAUUGACUUGUUGGCUAUACUGCCUUACUAUGUGACAGUCUGCCUAACUGAAUCCAGUAAGAGCGUGAUGCAGUUCCAGAAUGUGCGUCGUGUGGUCCAGAUCUUCCGCAUCAUGAGAAUCCUGAGGAUCCUGAAACUGGCCCGCCACUCAACGGGCCUCCAGUCUUUGGGCUUCACUUUGAGGAGGAGCUACAAUGAAUUGGGUCUGCUGAUCCUCUUCUUGGCUAUGGGCAUUAUGAUAUUCUCUAGCUUGGUGUUCUUUGCUGAGAAGGAUGAGGAUGCCACAAAAUUCACCAGUAUUCCCGCUUCUUUCUGGUGGGCUACUAUCACAAUGACCACAGUUGGCUAUGGAGAUAUCUACCCGCAGACUUUGCUGGGUAAGAUUGUUGGAGGGUUAUGCUGCAUUGCAGGUGUGCUGGUCAUUGCAUUGCCUAUUCCCAUCAUUGUCAAUAAUUUCUCUGAGUUCUACAGAGAGCAGAAGAGGCAGGAGAAGGCCAUCAAGAGGAGAGAAGCUCUUGAAAGAGCAAAAAGGAGUGGUAGCAUUGUCUCCAUCAAUGUAAAGGACACAUUUGCUCAUAGUCUGGAGCUAACAGAUGUACUGGUGGAAAAGAAAGAGGACAGCAAGCAUAUUGUGGACAACCAUGUGUCACCCAGCCGUUGGCGAUAUGACAAACACUCCUCCAAUGCAGGGUUGGGCAGCCCAGGCCGGUCCCAGCAUUCUGCAUAUCAGGAGGUCAAUCAGCUCAGCCAACCCGAACAAGCAAAGGUGCCAUCUGGCAAACGGGCUUCACAACAAGCAAAUGCAAUGCAGCUGGAAUUCACUAACAAGAAGACAAAAAGCACUCAGGAGAAGCCAGAAAAAAUUACUGAGGAGGAGAUAGAGAUGAAGGCCGUGGCAUCAACAUGUUCCCAGCAUGCACCGGGAAAAGAACAAACCUCACCUCAAGUUAGCCUCAGCUCAAAGAUGGUAGAGAAUUUAUGUGGGGAAACAGAGAGAAGCGCUUUGCUCCCAAGUACCGGAGAGAGUUCAUUUUGUGCUCAACAGCAGCGUAUACCCCCUCCCUUAGACCUUCGUCAGAUCAGCAACAUGAACAGGUACCCGGACUGCGUGCAGCCAACGUGCAUCAUCCAAGAGGGUCUCUAUGAGCUCGUCUCCAGCCCCAGAGAGAGUGGGACUGCAGAAGAAGGUGUUGCAUCAGAAUCAGCUGAAUGUUUUGGGAUAAACAGCAACUUGCAAGAUCACAGCUGCCCUCAGAAGACCAGAGUCCUCCAGGCUGACUUCACUGGCUCAAACGAGGACUUGCGUAUGGCAGUGGUGGCACCUGUGGGCACCCCAGCUGAGUCUACUCAACGACCAUCUAAUGACACAGUUGGCAGGUUUUCUCCAACUUGUAGCUUGUCAGUGCAGAAAAUGAAUUCUGGUCUGGAGCUCUUACAAUCUGUCAGUUCAGGCAACUCCCAGGGAGGAAGUGUGGGUUCAGUGUCCAGGAGCUCAGCAGAUGAUGGACAUCUCAGAGAUUUAAGCUACCAAGGGAGGAAUCACACGGAGUCCUCUGUUGCUGGAUCAGGCAGCUCUAUGAGCUCCAUGUCCUCCAAACUGGCUCCGCUCAACUGCACGCAACAGCUGGGUGCUGUGGCAGGAGGCGAGGGAGCAGAUGGAGAGAAACAGGACAAUCACAUCAUUCUGGAUGGAAGCUUGAUGCCACCUUGCGGAAAUAUGAAAAACUGAUGACACUGCAGUGUGAUGAUCAGGAUGAUGGCAACGACAGAGCAGGAACCAUCAUCAUAAACCACGAGACUCUUCGGACCUGGGUUCUUCUAUUUGCCUCAGUGCUCCAGCUUCAUGAACAGUGAAGCACAUGUCAUGUCCUCGGGGUUUCUUUGCAGAACUGAAGCAGGAGCCAUGAGAACUGAGUCAGCACUCAGAAACAUGAAGUAAAUUACUGGUUUUAUAUUUGUUGAAGGAAGUUUGACACCAGACUUGGACAUUAUGUAAUGCUAGACUGGAUUUGGGACAGACUGGUCUCUUGGUGUCCAGACUCAGGACUCCUCCAUCAGUCAGCUGGAACAUUACUGCAGUGUGUAAGUCAGAAUCAGAGAUGUUGUCAUGUGUGAUCCAGGAAGUUACCGUCAUGGACAAUGAGUCCACGGUGUCGUGAACAGUGGUGCCUGUUUUUGUUUCACACGUCUGCACUGAAACCUGUAAGUGUACGUUCAGACACAGGGUGAGGACAGAAGAAGACAGGCCCCACAGGGACGACCUCUGUAGACUGAAGACAUGGUCAGGGUCUUACGGUCCUUUUGUAGUCCAGUCUGACACUGUUAAAGUUCACCUGACAUCCAGGAGGUGCCCAAUGAAUAUGUGGUAGAAUAACAAUUAUUUUUUUUUUUUUGAUUGAUGUAGUCAAACAUCACGUCUGGUUCAUAACAAAGACAUCUGUCCAGGUGACACAAACUCUGAAAUGUCCCUUUCAUGCAUUUGCACAAAUAGAAUAAAGGUUAUGCAAAUCUGAAAUCAUGUUUUCAAGAAACUU